GUACGAUUAUUUAUGGGAACAAAAUAUAUCUAUACAAGAAGAUAUUGCUAUAAUAGUUUCAUUACGAAAUAUCAUGCACUGUGAGGCAGAAUUAAUGCAUUAUUUGUACAAAUGAGAUCAAACGUAAUUAUGAAAAGUGUAAACGAAAAAUAAUUUAACGAAAUGAUAAAAUAUAUCUCAAUUGUUUUCGAAAAGUCAUUUAUUACACUAAAUUGAUAGACAUCUCGUUAUUCUUACAUAAUCAAAAAAAAAGCUUUUAUUUGUAUGAAGGUUCAUUAACAUAGUUACAUUCACCACAGUGUCGCGCUCGAGGUAUCUUCUUCCUCGGCAUUCUAAUUAUUUGAAACAAAUUUUAUGAAUAUCAACUAAGGAAUGGAAGAAUACGCAAGAGAACCAUGCCCAUGGCGUAUAAUAGAUGACUGUGGUGGUGCCUUUACCAUGGGUGCUAUUGGUGGUGCAGUAUUUCAAAGUAUUAAAGGAUUUCGUAAUGCACCCAGUGGAAUAAACAAAAGAGUCCUAGGAAGCCUUAUAGCUAUUAAGCAAAAGUCUCCUAUUAUUGCUGGAAAUUUUGCAUUAUGGGGUGGUAUGUUUUCUACAAUAGAUUGUACUUUGGUUCAUCUUAGGAAGAAAGAAGACCCAUGGAACUCUAUUAUCAGUGGAGCAGCUACUGGUGGAAUAUUAGCAGCAAGAAAUGGUUUACCAGCCAUGGCUGGUAGUGCAAUUAUUGGAGGAGUGUUAUUGGCUUUAAUAGAAGGUGUAGGAAUAUUUAUUACCCGUUUAUCUGCGGAACAAUUCAAACCUCCAUCAUUCACUGAAGAUCCAAGCCAUCUGAGACAAAGUCAUCCAUCGUAAAACAUAUAAAUAUCUAGAUAUAUUUUAAAUUACACUCAACUAAUUAAGUACAAAUGUUUCAUAUUCUUUGAAACAAUAGUAGUUGACAGCUAUCAUAUUGCCAGUACAUCAAAUUUGUAUAGACAAUUCAGUCUUUUGAUUUAAGAAAUAUAAUAAUAGUUUGGUUUCUAUUUAA